AGAACUUAGUGGGAGAGAGAGAUCAUGUGAUGAGAGGGAAACCAAAGUUGAAAGUUGAAACCCUAAGCGGCGGGAAAAACAAAGCAUUAAUGGCGGGAAACAAUAAUCAUAAAACCCAAAAUCCCUAUUUCUAAUUUAUCGCUCACUUCAUUUUUUUCACAAAUUCUUCUCACAGUUACACAUUUCUCGUUUUCCGAUCAUUUUCUAGGGUUUCGAAAUGUUCUCCAGCUCUCAAUUCGAUGCUUCCAAUGCCUUCUCCGGUGGCGGAUUCAUGUCAUCGCAACCCAACGAUUCUUCUCCGGCACCGACUAAAAACCGCGACUCUCAGGGUUUGGUUCCGGUUACGGUGAAGCAGAUAAGUGAAGCUUCUCAUUCUGGUGAUGAAAAGUCCAAUUUCUCCAUCAACGGUGUAGAUCUGACAAAUGUGACUUUGGUUGGAAUAGUGCAUGAGAAAGCUGAGAGGAACACUGAUGUUAAUUUUGUUUUGGAUGAUGGAACUGGACGGAUCACAUGUAGAAGAUGGAUCAACGAGACUUUUGACACAAAGGAAAUGGAGGAAGUAUUGAAUGGAAAUUAUGUUCGCGUUUACGGGCACUUGAAAAGCUUUCAAGGUGUAAGGCAACUUACUGCCUUCUCUGUCAGGCCCGUGACAAAUUUUGAUGAGAUCCCUUUUCACUUUAUCGAUUGCAUACAUAACCACCUCUCCACCAAAGUAAAGAUGGAAGGAGGAAUCCCUUCUACAUUUCCUCCAUCAAACUCGUCUAUGAACACUCCUGUCAAAAGUGCAUUGAAUGGUUCUCAGGCACCAUCAUCAAAUCCGGGAUAUGCACAAUAUAGCACUGAUGGACUCAAGGAUAUUGAUAAAUUGGUGAUCGAGUAUCUGCAGCAGCAUUCAGACAUGUCAGAUGAACGGGGAAUACAUGUUAAUGACCUAGCAAAAGAGCUCAGGCUUCCAUUGGAGAAGAUCAUGUUGUCACUAAAGACUCUUGGAGAUGAUGGUUUGGUAUACUCCACCAUAGAUGAUUUCCACUACAAACAAGCUUGAUAUUUUGUCAUCUAAAGAAUAUAGCUGAGGAUCAUAUGCUAGAAUCCGGUAUAGAUAGAGGCGUCAGUUUGGCAAAUGUGAAUUAGGCACUUAACAACUUAACAUAUUCGAGCAUGUUUACUUGUCAAACUAUUUUCUAUUUUUAUUUGUUAAAUUGUCUGCAUUUGUUACUUUUGAAGUAAAUCAUGGUGAUGAAAAUGCUAGCUAGAGUGUUGAUAUAUUUGUGAAAGUAAUGAGAACAAUUUUUUGGUAUUUUUAA